UCGGGACUCUUCCUUUGCAGUAGUAGUGAAGAGACAAUCGUUGCACAUCUACGUAUGAGUGAGCGCUCGUUGCCUUCCACUGGCUGUAGAGAUAGUGCGUACAUCCAGCGUGUUGGAUCCAGUUAAAUUGGCGUUUUAUCGUCUCAAUCAAUCGAUUUUCAUAAAAGUGAAUAACUCGGAGAUUAAAAGCAUCGAGAGAGGAUACACAGAAUCUAGCAUGGAGAAUAAAAACAGCAGUGUCGCAAAAGAAUCGGAGCACAAAGACCAAUAUACAGCCGGAUUCUUAAAAAACGGGAUAAUACGGGGUAUUACAUAUCAAUUAAAAGUAUUAACAUGGGUCACAUGGAAGAUGUUGUCCAAGAAAGACGCAAGUAAAUGGUGGUUGGGUACGGAAGUGGUCGAUGCCCGAGGAUUUCACGAUCUAGUUUUGAAAUAUGUUAAUAAUGCGGUAGACGAAGAUGGAAAAACGUCCGAUAAAAGAUACAUGUAUCGUUUCGUGCAAAUCAAGCACAUGACUCGUUUGACCGGGGGCCUCAAGAUCUCCAUUCCCCAACUAUUGUCCGUGGAAAAGGAGUAUUGUCAGUACAGUCUUAUCUACUUGUUCAAAUCUUAUAUGCAUAUAAUCAACAAAUUUGAGAAGAUAAUGCCGGAUCAAAUCGUGGACAUGACGGUCUUCACAAACAGGGACAUUAAUACUUCGCUGGAAUUUUUAGUACCUGUAAACAGGGAUGAAAUUUUUGGCUUCGAAGAAAAGGGCAAACGAUAUCGCUUCGACUUAGACGCACUGCGAAAAGCACCGAAUUUGAUAAUAGAACGCUUGCGAAUGAUACCGCCGCGCGACGAAACGCAUGUAUGGAACUUCUUGGGCAAAUUGGUAUUCGCAGUUGGCCAACCCUCUGAACCCGAAUUGGAGGAACUUAUCGUCAAAGAUAUGGGCAAGGUUUUCAAUAUGCCACAGAUUUUUUACAACGAUCUGUUUAAAAACAUAACGGACUGGUUUCUCAUUCUCGAGAAAGACAGUGCGCCAUAUCUCACCGAAGAAUAUAUAAAGAAGCAUCUGAAGAAGAUGGAAGAUAUGCUGUUGGCUCAAAAAAAGUCAAAUACCUUUUUUAUUGACGAUUCACUUUCUUUCUCAAAAUUGUCGUUAACAUAAAAGAAAAUUUUGUAGUUCUCUUUUCGUAAACUUUUAUGUUUCUUCUUGCGAAUAUACGAUAUAAAGUUUCUUUUAUUUUUUGUCUUCAAGAAAGAGAGAGAAAGAGAG